AUGGUGAUGAAGUGGCAUCAGAAAUUGGUUGAACUAAGUGAAUUUGUUAACACAAAGGUGAAUGUUUUCUGGGAAGAACUUGAACGACGUCGUCGUAUGGGUGUCGCGACAUCGGUGAUCCGAUCACCAUUGGUGAGAACUCGGUCGGGUCCAGUACGUGGGCGAGAAUACCAACUAAACGAUGGGCGAAUUGUUGACAUGUACAUGGGAAUACCGUACGCAGAGCCACCCAUCGGGAAAUUGCGGUUCCAGAAACCCCAACCGGUCAAACAUUGGACGGAAGAAAUGGAUUGUGUCAAAUUUGGACCACGCUGUCCACAAACAGACGAGUAUUUCGCACAGUUCUUAAAUAUUGUUGGAAAGGACGAAGCGAACUGUUUGACAUUAAACGUGUUCACACCACGAUGGCGAGAAAACACGUCGAAAAAAUUCGCUGUGAUGGUAUGGGUUCAUGGAGGUGGCUUCUCUAUACAUUCCAGUAGUAAUUACGGCGAUACAUCGAUAGCAAGAAAUCUUUGCGUGAAAGAUGUCGUAGUGGUGUCCGUUAACUAUCGCCUCGGCCCUUUUGGGUUCUUCACUACCGGUGACGGAGUGUGUCGAGGGAAUCUUGGCCUCUGGGACCAAACUCUUGCCCUACAAUGGGUCCACGACAACAUCGAAGCGUUUGGCGGUGAUCCCGACAACGUCACAGUGUUUGGGCAAAGCGCUGGUGGAGCGUGUGCAGAUUUGCUGGCGAUCAGUCCACAUUCAAGAAAUUUAUUCCAUAGAGUGAUCCCAAUGGCUGGUUGUGGUGAGUGUGAUUUUGCUAUGCGCACUAGCGAGGCCCAAGCGAAGUUAUGCCGAGAAUUUGCUCGGUAUCUUGGAUGGAUGGGUGAAGAUAGUGAUACAGAAGGACUUUUACACUUUAUGCAGGCCCAGCCUUCAUCACAUCUUGAAGUUGGAAUACAUCCAAAGAAGGGUUUCCGCCAUUCACAAUCAGGGAAUCUGUACUUUGUUCCAAACAUUGACGGCGAUUUCUUCCCAAGUCCAAUGGAGGAACUGAGACGCGUAGGACCCAAGAAAUCGAUAAUGUGUGGAACCACUGAAAAUGAGGGAUUAUUCUUUGUUGCACUCGGCGGUUAUCCAAAGACGGCGGAAGGUUUUCGACGAUUUUGCAACGGUAUAAUCCGCGAAUGUGACUACGGAAGUGACGAAGAGAGCGUUCGAAAGGAAGUCUACGACUUUUACAUGAAAGACGUAGACCCUAAAGACAAAUCGAAAGUCGCAGAACGGAUGGUAGAGUUGAUGGGUGACUAUGCGAUUAACGCCGGUGUGAUGCGAUACGUACGAAAAAUGGCCGAGAAUGGCAAUGACGUUUACUUCUAUUGCUUUGAAUAUUAUAAUCCCGAUGGAUUCGGAUUUCUCCGGUUCAUGUUACCUUUUAAAGGUGCAACUCAUUGCUCAGAGCUCCGCUAUGUUCUUGGUAAAGGUGUCUUCGCGAAGUUCAGACCAAAUGAAGCCGAUCUAAAAAUGAUUGAUAUCAUGACGACUUUCUUCACCAAUUUCGCCAAAUAUGGGAAUCCCAAUGGUGAACACUCUGUGACAGACAAUAAGCAGCUUUGGGAAAGGUACGACCACAAGCAACCAUUCCGCCAUUUGCGAAUCCAGCUACCGAUGCUUGCCAUGGCUGACGAUUAUCAGCAAAGGCGAACAGAAUUCUGGGAGAAAAUAUUUACGAAAAAUCGCGUUAAAGCAGCACUGCUGCUCAGGACGUCUUCGUUUCUGCACCAAGGCGACACACGCACAACUCGCCAUGGAGACUGUCUCAGACUUUGUAAUUACAACGCGAGAACAGUGUCCAUAGACGCUGACCUGCAUGCCCUUCUCGGAGCUGCAGAGCGUAUCAGAUUUCACGUGAUUGCUCUCCAGGAGACCAAGUGUAGAAGGAGCGGCGUACGACAGAUGAAUGACGGUUCAUUCGUUAUUACUGGAGAGAAAGUUCCCUCGCAAAAUGUAGGAGGUGUUGGUUUUGUUGUGCACCCAUCUGUCGUCUAUCUUGUCGAUUCUCACGAGAUCCUGUCACCUCGUCUGGCCAUUCUUCGCCUCCGCCCUCUGCGCCAAAAAUCCAUCAGUAUCAUCAACUGCUAUUCACCAACAUCAGCAGCUGAUGAUUCCGAAUUGGACGCGUUUUACGAGGAGCUGGAGGAGGUAGUCCGCAACGAGAAGUCCUUCUACAAAUUCGUUGUCGGAGAAUUCAACGCAAAACUAGGAAAGGCCACAGAAGAGGAAUACGGGAUUGGAAGAUUUGGACUAAGGGACCGGAAUGAAAACGGCAAUCGUCUCGCUGGGUUGCUGUUCGCCGCCCGCCUCCUUCAUGGGAAUUCUCUUCUCAUGAAGAACGAUUAUCGUUGGUGGAUAUGGGAAUCGCCCAAUGGCGCGACUCGUGCGGAGAUCGACCACAUACUCACCAACCGGAGGUGGUGUCUACUUGACGUCUCAGUAGUACCAUCCUUUUGUAGUGGUUCUGAUCACCGUCUCCUUCGUGCGAAAAUACGACUUAGCCACACGAUGGAAAAGAACAUCUGCUGUCGGCAACGAAGGAGAAAAGAAGUCGUCUACGACGACUGCAUACUCGAGGACUCCUUGUCUCAAGGAUUACGAGCCUGUGCUGAGCGUGCCUCGAAGCCACGCACGACAAACUUGGAUCGAAUUUCGAAGACCACCAAGGAAUUGUUGGAAGGAAAAAGGGCUUUGAGGCUUGAUCCGAAUGCAUCGCACAUUGAGCGGCAGAAGAAGAUUCUGGAAGCAGCACAAAGAAGAACGAGUCUAAAGAAGUGCCGCAGGGAUCUCCGCGAAUAUAAUAUUCCUCUAGCAGCCUUCCUGAGCGAAGACGGGACUCGCACGUCUUCUCGUCGUGAGAUGGAAAUCAUUAUGGAGAGGUUCUACUCGAACCUUUUCCGUUCAUCAACUCCUGUGUCAAGCCCAAUCAUCCCCACUGGCGAAGCUCCACCACGGGUUCUCCCUUCGGAAGUACGAGUCGCUAUCAAGAGCAUGAAACCUGGCACAGCCCCCGGACCUGAUUUUAUAUCAGCAGACUUUCUUCGGGCUAAUGGUCAUCCACUUCAUGUAAUCUCAGCAGCGCACAUGACGUCCUACCUUCAGAAAGAAAGGAUCUCAGUGGAAGAUCUCGCAAACCGUUCAUACCCAUAA